AUGAGAAAGAACCGGUUGCUAAAUACCACGGCCAACGUACUCGCCGGUCUCUGUGUAGCACCAACCAUACUAGGUAUCCUCAUUCUCUUCCUCAUUCAUUUCGAGUGGACCAGCAAGCCCAUCGUGAUAAGCUCUGUCGCCCCCCGUGUCCUUGAGGAGAAUGCGGCGAAAUUGACGCAAGUCACGUCUGAAAGCCUGCCGAACAACACAACCGCACGGUCCAGCUGGACGACCGUGGCAUCAACUCCUCCAAUCGAGAAGCGCUUCCCCCCCGAAGCUGUACUGGCCGGAGUCCUCUUCAACCGUCGUCGCUCCUUCUUGGGCAGGUCUCAGGACUCCGAUGGCGGUCCAUGUAUUGUGGCGGUCCCUGCGGGCCGCUGCGUCUUCGUCUGGAAAGGGGUACCUCCGGUCUACGCCGACGACUACGACUACCUAGCACUGUCGUCGAAGGUGACGUUCUUCUGGAAGCCCCACCAGGCUGGUGAGCCGUGGCCCGCAAAUACUGUGCGCGUCCCAGUUCACACGGAUACUUCCCCUGGAGAAGAGUUGUUCUACUACGGCCGAAGUUUGGGCUUCGACGGCAACAGCCUGUUGGCUGGCGUCAUCCGCGCUUCCCAGUCACCUAGGCUUAUCGUGCUGGACCACGCAUCGGUGCGGUUGUUCCCCAAGUACGAGCUGCUCGUCAAGCUGCCGUCGCAGUUUCCUAACGAGCGCUGGCUGCAGUGCUUCGAGCGAUGCAAUGUCACGGAUGAGGCUGUCUACGGCGGCUUCGAAAAUGGCGUCCCGACCCUAGUGGGGAGAGCGUUCUACAAAAGUCGGUUCUCGUUCUGCAAAGUUGUGCACACUGGCUGCGUUCUGUUGGGUGGACAGGUUGCCCUGAUCUUCGAGUACCUGGCGGAGUCGCCGGGCACCACGUACGAAUGGCUGCAGGAAGCGGACAGUCUCGGGCGCGGCCUGUCCGUCGGAGGUGUGGCCGUGGGCCGCAGCCGUCCCAUGUCCCCCGACGGACGUCUCCUCCUGGGUGGCGUCUUGGCGGACAACAGCAGCUCCGGUCUAUUUGCCUGCGACGGCAGGGAACCCCUGGCUUCACCCCUGCGAUCCUUCCAGCUCCUCGUCAAGCGGGCCUCCUCCCACUGA